AUGGGUCUUUUUUGGGUGUUCGUUAUCACCGAAGUCGCCCUCGACAAAGCUCGCUUAUAUCCUCUAGCCUAUGCAGUGCGCGGCUGGAACAAAGCUUUCACACCGGGGUCAAAAGAAGAGAUUGAUUGGAUUAAAAACUACGAAUCCCAAGAAAAACUGUGUCAUGGCUACUAUCAAGAACAAAUUUACCUACUAGAGACACUCAGCGCUCUCGAGAAAUCUCGGUCAUUGGCACAGGACGACGGGUCUUCUUCAUAUGAAGACCUUGGUUAUGACGAUUUGAAAGCCCAACUCGAGAAAAUAGCGAAAUGUCUUUUCUCCGAACGACAGAAACUCGGUGGUUUACUGUCAUCGAAACCACGCGGCGCUUACAUUCGCGAGUUUGAUGCACACCGUCGUCGCAGAGACUAUUUGUUAAAGAAACAUGAAAAGGAAUGCAGAGUCCGUGGCGGCUGCUGUGAUCGCGACUGUGGAUGUUGUAGUCGUCGGAUCGAGGUGCCAGCGACGAUGGUUCUUAGUAAGGAGUUUGGUAAGAAGUCGCAUUGCUCCGUUGAUUGUGGAUGCUGCAUCCGAUCCAGAGGAUUCAGAAGCCGUGAAGCAGGUAAAGAUUAA